AUGGUGAAACAAAGUGAAUUUAGGGGAAUAAAUACAUUUAUUGUCAUACUAUUGAUUUUCGCUGCAAUGUCAGCAAACUGCAGUGGAACGUUGAUUAUAGUGGACAAAUUACGAAAAAAAGCAUUGGAAGUAACACUAAAAACUCCAAUUUGCCGAAUUUAUAACAACAGGUAUAAUAUGGUAUGUAUCCAAAGAUUUGAAAUAAUACCAAAUUACCAUCAACAAGGCAGAAGUAUGGAUGUCCUAACCACAGAUUAUCUUUUCAAUAUUUUCACAAAAAUUGUUAUGGAUUUUGUUAACUAUGCAUUAAAAUGAAAGUAUUUACUUUUUAAAUAAUUUACCAUACUGAUUAUUUUAUUUAUCUUAAUAUUUAAUAUACA